AAAAUAUGCCUAAAUAUACCCGAGUCAGUUUAACGACUUUAUAUGGCACAUCGUGCUUCUUUGAACUUCAGGUAAAGGAACAUUAAUCCAUUAUAUUUUAACAGGCUACAACAUAUGGUGUAAAGAUUGUAUGUGUCCUUUUAUAUAGCAUUUGUCUUUUGGUAGCAUGCAUGUAGCAAGAAUUUGGCGUGCUCACCCACAUGUUUUCUGUGCACAUUGGGAAAUUUUUGUAUUGUUGCUUCAAAAACAAAUAACAAGUUCCAAUAAAAAUCAGACAUAGAUAUCACAGAGCGCGUUCUUAGAGAGGUAGGCCUAUAGCCCCUUGCGUCUAAGCAAUCGCAUGGCGAGCCAAGACAUUUUCCCUGUGUUCAUGUGCCAGCAAAAGCCUUAUGACAAAGGCAUUCACUCUUAAUAAAACUGCACCCAGAUUGCCAGCGAUACUGACACUGCAAAUAUAGCCUAACCUGAAGCACAAAAAUGAUAUAUAUACCUCCAGUGAUCAAGUGAUUUUGAUACACAAGCCUAUUCUAUAAUUAUGAAACUAUAUAUCCCUUAUAUAUCUGUUCGACGAGUAACGUGUAAAUACGACAUUUACCUCUGUCUGGACCAUUCAGCUUCAAAGAAUGAAUACUCUUUCGGUGUUAAGAUUGCAUUAAUCCAUGCAUUAAUCCAUUGUUUUAUUUACAGUGAACAAUGGACAAUGAACAUAUUACUAGUUGCAUACAUAAAUUAUAUUUAAAAAGAAAAAAUGCUGUUGUUUGAAACUAUUCAUCGCUGAUCUACUCAAAAUAUUCCUUUGCAUCUUGUGCGCUUGGCAUAAUUCAUCACAGAACGAGCAAACCAUCCUUCUUAGGAACCGCGAGCAUAUUUUGAAGGAACGGCGUGGUUUGUAGUCUUGUAGACAACGGUAUUUCCCUCUGAUAGAGUGUGAUAUUCUUAUUAGGUUAAGUUUUAUGCGUAAUCAAGACAACAUAACAUUUCGGUGUUACUUGUCAAGUAAAGCUUGCCUUACGGUGCGUACAGAUGAGGGACGGAAAGAAUGGGAGAGCGACAGUAUGGGUGAGAUGUAAGAGACAGAGGAGGUGGGAUUCUAAAGGAAGUAUUGGAACGAAUCGUGGCUGUUUGGUAGAACUGGUUGGUGAAAUCUACCAAAACUACCCCCACAUAAUUUCUGCCAGACUUCUACGACUCCUAAGCCUUUCUUGUGUAACUGAAGAUAGAGAGUGAGCGACAGAGUGAGUAGGAGAGAGAUAGUACAGGAGAGGGAGAUAAUAAGAGAGAGAGCGGUGAUGGGGGUUGAAGGCGGAGACGAACCUGCUCUUCUUGGAGAUUAUUCCUGCUAUGGUUAGAACAAUCACCAAGGCAAGGCGGACAGAAAAAAAUCUAACGGUUCUCAAGAAAAAGGAUAAACGGACCGUUUUUCUGCAAGAAAGAUCAAUUCAUUUUGCCUAUAUUUAUUUUGAUUGGGCGCCUGGCAACCUGGAAGUGCAUUUGGAACAAAAACAAAUACGCGGAUCUGCUGUCGUGCGAGCAUUGGGCUGAGCAUUUGGAAUGUGGUAUAAACUUCACAAAAACCAUUAACAUUUCUUGGGGAAAUCAGGACAACUGCAUUUUCCACCAGGAACUGACUGCAAUAUACGACUCAUCUUUUACUACGAGCUGGAUCCUUCACCGAAGGCUUUGCGGAUAUGGCAGAUGCCGAUGAAGCAUUUGUGCUCACCGCUACUCCGAAUGAGUCGGAGUCAAAGGGUUUACAGGACGACAAUAAACAGGAAAGUCAGCUGGGAACUUCGAGCAAGUCUCCGUCAUCCCAGACAACCUACACUCAACAGGGUAUGGAAGGUAUAAACGUCUACUUACAUGAACGAGAGCUAUGGACAAAAUUCCACGAAGUUGGAACUGAAAUGAUCAUCACUAAGGCAGGCAGGCGAAUGUUUCCAAGCUACAAAGUGAAAGUCACUGGACUAAAUCCAAAAACUAAAUAUAUUCUCUUGAUGGAUAUAGUACCUGCAGAUGAUCACCGCUACAAAUUUGCUGAUAACAAAUGGUCUGUGACGGGGAAGGCUGAGCCUGCUAUGCCUGGCAGGCUUUAUGUCCACCCAGACUCACCCGCCACUGGAGCACAUUGGAUGAGGCAGCUUGUCUCCUUCCAAAAGUUAAAACUUACAAAUAACCACCUCGAUCCAUUUGGACAUAUAAUAUUAAACUCCAUGCACAAAUACCAACCCAGACUUCAUAUCGUGAAGGCCGACGAAAAUAAUGGAUUUGGGUCCAAAAAUACGGCGUUUUGUACUCACGUAUUUGCCGAGACUUCGUUUAUUGCUGUUACGUCUUAUCAAAAUCAUAAGAUCACACAGCUGAAGAUUGAAAACAACCCCUUUGCUAAAGGCUUCCGAGGUAGCGACGACAUGGAGCUGCACAGGAUGUCUAGGAUGCAGAGUAAAGAGUACCCAGUGGUCCCUCGCAGCACAGUGCGUCAACGGAGCACCUCUAGCCGGAGCCCUUAUAGUGGGGAGGCGCGUGGCCUCCUUACACCGACUGGCCUGAGCUCCCCAUACCCCUGUGAGAAUGGCGUAGGCAGCAGUCCACCAAACCUGCUCUCCCAGACAGGCUCCUACCCCCUGCCCCAUGAUCACAGUCAGGCAUACCACUGCACCAAGAGGAAAGUGGAGGAUGAGUGCCACACAGGAGAUCACCCAUACAAGAAGUCCUACCUUGAGAGCCCCCCAAGUGAGGAUGAGGCCUACUACCGUUCUGCUAACUACUCCCAGUCUGCAGGCCUAGCAGGGAAUUAUAGAACAGAGUCGGCACAACGGCAGGCCUGCAUGUAUGCUAGUGCCACACAGGGGCCCGAAGCCAUGACAGCUUUGGAGGACAUCAGCUGCAGUCCCUGGGCUCCUGUGCCACCCUACAGCAGCUGUCCUGUGGCACCUAUGCAGCCAACAGAGCGGCUGCCUUAUCAGCAUUUCUCUGCGCACUUCACUUCCAGUCCACUGGUGCAGAGACUUAGUGGGGUGGCGAGCCAUGCCUCCCCUCCCCUGAGCGAUGCCCAUGGUGUGUACCAUAGCUCCGCGCCCCAUCAGACCCUAGGCCGGCCCUGCGGCCCCAGUGGGAGUCUCCAGUCGUCCUCUGCAGGCCUUCAGGGCAAUGAGUACCUGUACACUCAUGGUAUGCCCCGUACACUGUCCCCACAGUACCACACGGUACACCCCGUGGGCCUCAUGCCUGAGUGGAGUGACGGCAGCUAGUCGGACAAUUUUUGUACAUAAGCAAAGACUGCAGUCUAUACUUUUCUUCAGAGGGCAGAGGGUGGAGUUAUGCAUUUAUCAAUAUUAAUAUUAUACUGUUUUCCAGGCACAUCUGAAGACAGUGUUGGUAUAUUUGGCCAUUUGUAGAGGUCAUGUGAAAGCCAGUCCUUAAACUAACAGUAGCAUCACAGUCUAUUUUCAGGCAAAAAAGGUAACUCUCAGAGUUUUUUAAUGGAAGGUACAGAUUCAAUGACAUCUUGAGAGAACCACAACCAUUACAUUGUGCAUCUUGUCUUUUUAUUUAUUACUUUUUUCCUUGGUGUUUUGGGUUUUUUUCUUCUGGUGAAAGCAUUCAAGAUUUUUUGCUGUGGAAAAGAAAGGAUACUGAGGAUCCCUGUUUUGAUGGAAUGGCUUCUGGAAGCUGAUACUACUGCUGUCAUCUCUGUGAAAGAGACCAGAGCCAUUUGUUUCUUUUCCUUAAAAAUCCUGUCAGAGAAACUCAAAUCUUGGAUUUUGACAUUUGUGCUUUGUCUAUUGAUAAACUCAUUUCAGUGAGCACAAAUAAGAAAAAAGAAUAACCGUCAGUGUUCUUAACGAAACAUAUUUUUACACUAUGAAAAAAGUCCAGAAAAAUGCUGUUUCAGAAAUGAUUCAACAGUGUUAAUGUGUAAACACAAUCCUCUUGAAGGUAAAAUGCUAUUAGUUGAUAUUUAGGUAGAUUUUUUAAUGUUUGUAAUUAACUUACUAUUAAACAUUUAAGUAAAAUAAAGAUAAUUAAAAAUAUUUAAGUCAUUCCAAUUAUUAGGUUGUCUAUGUCCCUGUAUAUUGUCUUGGAGUUAUGUUAAGGAGGCGAAGAGUGUACUUAAGCAGACCAGGGGGAGUAAAACCUUUCUGUAGUUCUCUCAGAAUAUUACCGUUGUGUGCCAUAUAGCAGAUUAGUUAGCAUAACAUCGAGGUAUUAUCUGUGUUAUGUGCGUAGUGGCUAUGCUGUGUCUUUUCGUGGUUUUGUGUUCUCAUUCAAAUGUGUGCAUGUUACCUGAACAAACACAGGUGACUGAAGUAGGCCUGUAACAUAGUAUAUAAUGAAACACAAGAAAAACUUUAUUUCAGUUGCAAUUUUGUUUGCGGUAAAAAAAAAUGACAACCUUUUGUAAACUCAUGUCACUAUAUUUAAAAAAACACCUUCGCAUUACAUUGUCAGUCAAAGCACAAGUACAGUAGUAGCCAUUCAUGUUCAGAGACAUUUGUGAACAGUAAAUAAAUACUAUUAUGAAUUACAUGUUUAUAUUAUUUUUACAGUGCAUAAUUUAACAGAUAUAUAUUACUUUUACAUGCAUUCUUUAUCUUGUGUCUCAAAGCACAAACACUUCUAUCAGCUGCACAACUGUGAAUGGUCAACACUAAUCAGCAGGACCUCAUGAGAUUAUAUACACAACCCACGGGUAAAAAAAAUUGCAGUCUGUUGUCUUAUUGCUGAAAUUUUUAACUGACUACAAAAAUGGUUUAACCCGUAGAAAAAAUGCAUGUCACUUCUCUACUUUAAUGUAAACAAGCAAUAUUUCAUAAAUUCAGAAAUAACAUACAGACGGUCCUCUACUUACGAAUGAGAUGAGCAAGUACAAAGAACUAGGAUACUGGGAGUACGCAUGCUACGCUGCUGUGCUGCGGGAGCAGCGGCCAGAGUCGUACUAGGUGGAACUGGCGCACAGAAAAAAAAAUAUUGUAGACAGGAAAUGGGAGUCCAAGGAACACAAUUUGGAAUUACAGUCUGUAACUCCAAAUUCAUUAGUAUGUCUGAAAGUUCGUAAGUUGAAAGUUCGUAAGUAGAGGAGCGCCUGUACUCUCUGGAAACUCUUCGUAUGGUGUUGCGUGUCUGUCCUUUAAAUAUUUAGCUAAUUUGCGGUGUUUGCCCCUUUUGUCAGUAUUGCGUGGUGGCACAACUUGCAUAUGUCCUGUAUCUUUCAUUUAGCACAAAGCCAAAGUAUUUCCAGAUGCUAUUCUGGUCACAAUCUUUAUCGAUUUAAGCACAGUACAGAAAGUUCUGAUGCUUCUUAGCUUAACACCCCGUGUGUGAGACUGCACUCAGGUCUAGGCACGCACAUUAGUAGCCUACAACAGAACCAACAAACCAGAAGUGCAGGCUGUAGAAUUGGUACCAUGAAGAAUGAGUACUGAAACCAUUUUAUACAUGAUAGAAAUUGAUGCUUUCAGUACUUUUGAUACUUUUGACAACACUAGUUUGAAAUUCCGUUUCUAAACGCAUAUAGGAACAUCUGUGGCUCAGGGUUAAAACUUAGGUGAUGAAUCAAUGGGGCAGCCUUCUGGGAGAUGGGUCCCUAUAGAUUUCCAUCACACAGCAUGAACCCAGGCACUGCACUAAAAAUGCAUGGUGGUAUGAUGCUGUGCUUCAGACAAAUGUCUGCACAGGUCUUAGUUCAAUAUAAAGCCCUGUCUACAGAACAAAAGUGGAAAAAAUAAGCAAAAGCUGUUAUUUAAUGGUAGAUUUACAGUGUUGCGACUCAGGAAAUCACUGGCCAAACAGUUGACCGUAUUUCCUGAAACAUGUAAGUUUAUUUCCAUACUUAUUUGUAAAUAUUUUGUUAAAUUAUAUUGUUUCUAUAAAAUAAUGUUUUUUUUUCCAAGUAUGUUUCACUAAAGAGGGAAAAUAAAAAUGACAAGGGAAUGUAAUGGUAAUAGCUUGCCUUAACAGAACAACAAGACAGAUUUUUGGGGAUUGUGUUAUGCCAGUGACACAUAAUGAACAUGCUGUUGUAUUCAUAUUAAUUCACUGCAGAUUGUAAUGGGUAAUGGGAAGUCAAGGAUCUAUAUACAUCCCUUUAAUACAAUCUAUGAAAUCAUGACUAAUAUUGACUAUUAUUUUCAGAAAGUAAAUUUGUAGUUUAUCACUUGCCUUGUUAAUAGUACUGGUAGUGCCCUAAUUGUAAAGCACAGACUUAUUUGAGAAGUAUAACAUGAAAUGCAUACUUAAGUAUGUAUCAAGCAAUACCAGUAUGAACAAACAGUAUUUUGUAAAAUCAUUGUAGGAACUAGUGUUUUUUCCUUGUUCAUAGUAUUUAUUGUUAUAGUAUUAAUGUAAAUCAAUUUGUUUCAGCUCAUCUAAUGAUACAUUGUUAUUCAAAUUAUUGUCUCUUUUGAUAACUGGUUUUCAUUUUUGCUUGAUUUUAAUUGAAGUAACAUAUUAAGCAAUGUUGAUGAAGUAAAUGGUUUAACUUGUGUGUUGUUUAUUUAAAUAAGCACAACUAUAUAUAGCAAUAGAACUGUCAUAAAUUUAAAAGCGCAUUUUGGAGUAUUCACCCUACUCCUAUAUCAGUCUUUUGUUUGAAAUACCCAUUUAUUCAUGGGUAUACAAUUUCUGAUCGACCAAAGUUUUUGCAUUUCAGCAAUGCAUUUUCGAAUAUGCAUGAAUAGCAUUUUGGUACUGCAAUCAGGCCUUAACUUGAAUUCAAAUAAAUAGGAAAACAAAGGACUGUGUAUGUUACACUGCAGCUCCUGAGAUGAUCAGAAUGCCCCUGCUUUUUUUCUUCAUAAGCACAUGCCUUUGAUCUUGGCAGGCAGCUUGUCGGAGAGACUUGUGUGGCUUACAACUCAAAGACUUAAGGUUUUUUCUGCUGACCUGGGCAAGGGUGGGAGGCACACUAUAGUCUAUCACUUGUUCAAUUGACAGUGGGAUCAAAAUUAGAUUAGUUUAGCUUUUGUGUCUUAACCCUGGCUAGACAUGGGGGCCUUCAUGGCCUUUGUUCUUGAAUUUGAAGAUUUCAGCAAGAACAGUAAAAAUGGAGACAAGUUGCCUCCUUGGAACUUUCUGCAUUCAGAUUACAGGUGAAUGGUACAUAUCAUGUUAUGCAAUGCUGUUGGCCAAAGCUCUUAAUAAAAAAUGCAAAGAAACUGCA